GCAAAGAGAGAGAAAGGAAAAAAGGAAUCAGCUGCAUUGUAGUGAGGUGCAUCAAGGAACAAAUUAUACAAUGGAGUCAUAUCCCGGGCUGAGACAAGCAUUCUAGCAACAGGUAGACAGUUGGAGCUGGGCGGGAGAGCAUGGAAAGAACUGGCAAGCCGAGGCAGCCUCAGUCCUUUCGCGUGACCUUUGGCUCACCAGGGAGCAGCUCAGCUCACCGAGCAGCAGCGCUAGGAAGAAACUCGGUCUCAGAAUUAGUGGCCAGGUAUCAGAACAUACUGGACUAUGAAAGAACCCCUUCAAAGCAAGUGAACUUCCAGAGCAUGGUGAGAAAUGUUCUACAAAAGGCUUCGGGGGAAAAACUUGCCCCACCUCAAGGCCCUGUCAAUAAUGGGUCGAGGAGCAAGUCGAUGGAGAACCUUACCUUCUAUCAAUUCAGUAGCACUGCGGUGAAACAGAGACUUCAGACCAGUGGAGACUGGAGACUUCCGAACACCGGCAAAGCUGCUCCAACUUCACAGCCUACGGCUUUCCCUUUCCCUGCACUCCAGACAGCCCCUUUUAGGGGCAGUUUUAGGAAGAGUGAGAUGGAGCCCAGCACAGUGACAGCCAUCCAGGGGACUAAAACCUGGACAGAACUGGCCUUCUCUUCAUCCCAGAGUAACAGCAGGAGGCAACAAUGGAGCGUUGCCACCCACACAGAGAAGGAGUCAGCCAGAAAGGAAGCGAAGCUGUCCGGGAAAAGUACAACGCUCAUCUCUGCUGAAGUGCCAGAUACAGCCUAUGACUCAGCCCUGGGCAAGCACUAUGAGAGAACACGGUCUGAUUUAGACAUCACUAGACACAUACUCCUCCAAGGCCCCGGGAAACCCUCCUCCCCCUCCGUGAAGGAGCGGUCAGCUCUCUAUCUCUCUCAGACAGCUGCGGCCGCUGCUCACACAGGCAGCCUCCCACAGUCUAAUACCACAAAAGAGGACACUGUUCAUUGUCUUGACAGCCAGAAAGCAAGCAAGAUGGCAGAGUUUCAGAACCAGACGUCCUCUAAAGUGAAUGGCAAGAAAGUAGAAGAGGACUUACCUCCUCCUCCCCUGCAAGAUUCUUUCCAGGCCUCUGCUUCCCUGGCUGGUAGCCAGGAUUCAAACCCCCUGCCUCCUCCUCCCCCUAAGGAAUCCUUCUCCAAGUUCUACCAGCAGCGCCAGGUGAAUGAGCUGAAGAGGCUCUACAGGCACAUGCACCCUGAACUGAGGAAGAACCUGGAGGAAGCUGUAACCGAGGACCUGGCAGAAAUGCUCAGUGCUGAAGAUCCCAGUGCCCCAGCCUCAGUGAAUUUGGACGCGGUGCUCCCGGGGGAGGUUCAGUCCAUGCGCUGGAUCUUUGAAAACUGGACCCUAGAUUCUAUUGGGGAGCAUCAAGCCACCAAGAAGUUGGCGGAGGAGGAAACCAUCCCAAGCGGGGAUGUGAAAAGCACCUCCAGGAGGUUCGAAAGCCAGGCACUCAAUGGAGAGGGAUUGUCAGCAGUGACCAAAGGGCCCGAGACAGACCACACCAAAGGGGAUGUGCGUACAGCCAGGUGGCUGUUUGAAACCCAGCCGCUGGACUCAUUAAACAAACUGUACUCAGAUGAAACAGACGUGCAGGAGGCAGUUCUUAAAGAGCCUGUUCAAAGAGGGGAUGUGAAAGGCGCCAAGCAACUCUUUGAAACCUACUCCCUGGAGGCGCUGGGCCACUGCAGCUCUGUGGAGGAGCAGAGCAUCCUGAAGCUCAAAUCAGAAAUCCAGGAGCUAAAGGGUGACGUCAAGAAAACCAUCAAGCUGUUCCAGACAGAGCCACUUUGUGCUAUCAGAGACAAAACGGGUGCCAUCCAUGAGAUCAAAUCCGUCUGCAGAGAAGAAAUACAGAGCAAUGCAGUCAGGACCGCGCGCUGGCUGUUUGAGACUCAGCCACUGGAUACCAUCAACAAGGACACCUCCAAAGUGCAAAUUAUCCGGGGGAUUUCAUUAGAAGAGGCAGGAAGGAGAGAUGUCAGUGGAGCUAGGUGGAUGUUUGAAACUCAACCUCUAGAUGCAAUCAAAGAAUUGACAGUAGAAGAAAAGGAUUUCAAGGCUUCCAUGGAUUUUGUGGAAGGGGCAGAUGUCAGUAAGCAGCGUCUACUUUUUGAGACCCAGCCUCUCGACUCUCUGAAAGGAGAAGACUCAGACAGCAUCCCAGCCAAGGAAGAAGUCAUCGGUGGUGAUGUGAAAUCUACGCUCUGGCUGUUUGAAACCCAACCAAUGGAAACCCUGAAAGAUAAUUUUGAAGUGGGCUGUUUAAAGAGAGUGGGGGUUUUGGAAGAGGAGAAGGGGGAUGUGAAGCAAAGAAAGCACGUCUUUGAGACCUGUCCCUUAGGCAGCAUCUCCAAGGCAUCCUCUGAAGACCUCCCAGUCUCUAAUGUACACGAGGUGAUGAAGGGGGAUGUGAAAUCUUUCAAAAACUUGUUUGAGACUCUCCCUUUAGACAGCAUUAAGCAGGCUGAUUCUGAGCCCAUCACCAAACCAGAAGAAGAGAUAACAGCUGGGAACGUUAAAGCCAACCAGUUCCUAUUUGAGACAACACCUUUGUACGCCAUCGAAGACAGCUUGGGAAACUUCCACAAAGUUACCUCUGUAAGCAGAGAGCAGGUCCUGAGCGGUGAUGUCAAGAACUACAAAUGGAUGUUUGAAACCAGACCUCUGGACCAGUUUGAUGACAGCACCGAGAAGGUGGAUAUCAUCCGAGGGAUCACAAAGCAGGAAGUGAUAGCUGGUGAUGUCAGAACUGCAAAAUGGCUCUUUGAAACCCAGCCCAUUGACGUCAUCCAUCACCGGGCCAACCAAGCCGAAGAGCACUCCUCGGUGAAAAGGGAGGUUUCCCAGCGGGGUGACGUGAAGACCUGCCGGUGGCUGUUUGAGACGCAGCCUGUUGACACCCUGUAUGAGAAGGUGGAGAGAAAGCAGGAAGGGGAAAGCUCUGUGCCGCAGGCUGACGUUAAGUCAUAUACGUGGAUGUUUGAGACCCAGCCACUGGACUCCCUGAAAGGCCAGGAGGAGCAGUAUUUGCAGAUCAGCAAAGCCUACUGCCAAGAUGACUUACAAGGAGUCAACGUCAAAACAGUCAGACAUCUGUUUGAGACUGAACCACUGGCCAGCAAUGCCUCUGGCGAGACUGACUCAAAGAAGAUGGUCAGGUACUCCAGCCAUGUGGAGAUACAGUCCGGAGAAGUAUCUCGGGUGAAGGAGUUCUUUGAAGCCAAGCCCUUAGAUGUACAGGGUAAACUGGCUGCAGCCACAAAAGAGACUGGCAUCCCUGCAGAUGGGAACAUUGAAGCUGGGUCAGUACACAAGUUCACCUGGCUCUUUGAGAACUUCCCCAUGGACACUAUAAAGAGCAAUACUGAGGGCAUCCAAGAAAUCCCCCCAGAGAAGGAUAUUGAAGGGGGAAAUAUCCAGGGCAAGAGGUUCAUUUUUGAGACCUACUCCCUUGACCAGAUUCAUGACAAGGUGGAUGAGACGGAGAUCAAGAGGAUCCAGGAGGAGACAAUGAGCAAAGCUAGUAUCAAGUCCUGCACCAUGCUCUUUGAGAGCCAACCCCUGUAUGCCAUCCAGGACAAGGAGGGGGAAUACCAUGAGGUCACCUCAGUGAAGAAGGAAGAAAUAAUGAAAGGCGACUUGAAAGGCGCCCGGUGGCUCUUCGAAACCAAACCUCUGGAUCAGAUCAAGAAGGAGGAAGAGGUGUUUGUGAUCAGGGCUGUCACCCAAGAGGACAUAAAGAAAGGGGAUGUCCAGUCUGCCCGAUGGAGGUUUGAGACUGAGCCUCUCGAUUCCUUCUCUGGGGGGAAGAAGUCUGUGGCCAGGACUGUGGACGAUGUACAAAAAGGAGAUGUCCAGUCCAACAGGGAGCUUUUCGAGUCUCAGCAGGUGAGCCGGAAGAAAUACGUGAGGAUGGUCAGCGUCAGCGACGUCCAGCAGGGUGAUGUGAGGACAUCCACCUGGCUUUUUGAGAACCAGCCCAUUGAUUCCCUGAGGGGGGAGUCGGAAGGGAGCUCCAGCAUGACCACCGUGCAGAGAGAAGACAGCCAGAAAGGGGAUGUGAAGCGUUGCACGUGGCUGUUUGAAACUCAGCCCAUGGACAGCCUCAAAGACCCCGAGGGACCUGCCAAGGGCAACGCCCCAGAGGUGGUCCCUCAUGCUGACGUGAAGAGUACAACGUGGCUGUUUGAAACCACCCCCCUGGAUAGAUUCAGCUCUUCUAAGCACAGAACCGAAAUGGAGGUGAGCGAGAGGACUGUGAAGGAGACUUUGGAAGGCCUCUGUGCCUGCCAGGCCAUCCAGCAUGAUGGGAUCCUCAUUGAAGCCAACGACAGAGGGAGCGUGAGGAUGGUGAAGUACCAGCUCAGCAGGCAAGGUACUCCAGAGAUCCAAAAGGAAGAGAUUAUGGGAGGCAAUUUGCAAAGGAUCAUGCUGCAGCUACUGCACAGGACCAAUAUGGAGGCCCAGGGGACGCUGGUGGAGGAGGACGAGGAGGGCAAAAUCAAAGUCAGUCCCUUGCAGCUACUGGAGCCGAGCGAAGCCAAUAAAAGCAAAGAGGAGUUGAGGGAUGAUGUAGCUAAGGCUCUCCAAAGUCUCCUUAACCAAGAUGCCUCCAUCAAAAAGGGAAUGGUCAUGCAAGAGACAGUGGCGGGGUCAGUGAGGUUGACUAUCUACUCCCUCCUGCACCACUCCAUCCAGCAGGAAGUUGUCAAGGGGGAUGUGAAAUCAACCAUCGGGAACCUGCUGGCUUCCUCGCAAGAGCAGAGGACAAUGGCAACUGUCAAACGGGAGGACAACGAGAAGGGGAACGUCCAUCUGUACACCAGCUGCAUCGAGAAGGGAGACCUGGACUAUUUAAAGAACCUCCAGCGAGAGUCCGAGAUAGAGUCCCUUGUCUCCUCCCAAGCAGAACAGGAGACAGCAGGGCCCAUCCAGCAGGAUGUGCAGGGGGGAAAUAGGCACACCUUGCAACAGGAAGAACCAGGAGAUAAAGGGGCUGCAGAUGUGGGGCAAGGGGGCAUGAAGGGGGCUAAAAGAGUGCUAAUGUGUGAAGGAGUUAGCAAAGAGAACGUGUUAGCAAGAGAGGUAGUACAUGCAGGUGACACAGACUCCCCCCUGCAGUGUCUCGGGCAAACUUUGAGCUUACCCGCAGCAGUGGAACAGGAAGAUAUUGUGCCUAGGGAUAGUCAGGUGACCCCCCAGUCACUGCAAAAGACUCAGAAUGGCAGCAAGAAGGCAGAGAGGGGGGUGAAAAUUGCACCACCAGGAGCAACUGCCCCCAAAGCAGCAGCUCAGAGAGAUGACAUGGCCAGAAGCCAGCAUUCAGUGGCAGGGGAAACCAACCCGAUGACAAAAAAACUGGAAGAGCAGGCUCUUGGAAGUGACCUUCAAGCCGCAAUGCAAAGCCUGAAGCUAGCCACAGCAGAGGCACAAAGCAUUCAGCACCAAGUCCAGAGCAAGCUCCGCAAGAGCACGGAGGAAAUUCAUCUGGCCCCCAAGCAGCAGGCAGCCAGCACUUCAGUGACCCUGCAGUCGACUGUUCGCAAACAGGAAUGUGCACCUGCCACGCAGCAUCAAGCUAGUGCCGCCAUCGCAGUCCAGGAGUCACCCAAGUCCCACACAAGUGUCUCUCAGAAGCGCAUGGCAUCACACAAAAAGGUCAGUGCUCCCGAGGAAGGAGAGGGAGGACAGCAUUUGGGCCAGGAAAGCCAAGUUAUGCCUAGUGCAGAUGUUAGCAUUGACGGUCUGUGUACUGCCAAGCCAGUAACACCCUGUGUAAGCCCUUUUAUUGAGUCUGAUUACAAAGAGCAAUCAGUGCAAGAAGAAAGAGAGCAAGAUGUAAUGCUCAGAGGGGAUGUAAAGACAGCGCUCAGAGCACUGCAAAGUGCUGCGACAGACCAGAGACAAGUAGAGAAGGAGGAUGUUGUUCGAGGUAACUUAAAGGCCACCCUUCAGUCGCUGGAGAAGUCUAAUGUUAAUGUCUCCAAAGGGGACUUUAAAGCCGCUAUGAUAUACAGAAAUGCAGGGCAGGCAUAUUCCAUAAGUAAAAAGGAAAACGAGACUCAAUCAAUUAUUAACCAGACAGCGAUAGUGGCCUCAGGGUCCCAGUCUGAUAAUGACUUUCCUCCUCCUCCUCCAGUUGCUGUGAUGAAAACUAAGUGCGGUCCACCCACGGCACAAGCAAGAGAAGCUACCCCUUCCCAACCAAGCAAAAAGGAUGAAGCCCUAGGAUGUACUGUGCCCAUGCACAAUGCUCUCCCUAAAUCACUCACGACUGCCUCCGCCAAAGCCAAUGAUCAGAAGCCUUCAGAGAAACCAGCCAUUCCCCCCAAACGGGAAAUUACUGCCCCGCCACGGAGGAAACCUAUUCCACCUCCAAAACCUGAGCGCUUGCUGCACCAGGCACCUUCGUACCCUGCUAGGAGCAGCAAAGGGAUGUUGGCAAAGCCAGUCCCACCCCCACUACCUCCUAAACCUCCAGGCCUGAGUGAGUUAAGCAAAGCAAAAACCCCACCCAUGAAUCAGACAAAGGAGUUGUGUUGUUCUGAUGCUUCCGCUCAAGUGGGAUGUGGAGAUGGUCUGUCAAAGUGCUGCAUCUCUCAAACAUCCGUGGCCAACGCAGCUAUGGUAAAGAACCAGAACUCUGAGGAGAAAGCACCAAAAGACAUCAUCAAAACACCUCUUCAGAUAGCCGAGGAAAGGUACAAAGCAAUCAAGGAAGAACAGAGCAAGCAAGAGUCAGUUGACUCUAUGACAUCAAAGCCACAUAAAAAUGGAGUGUCUGGCUCUGAAACAGAACAUAUGAUGACCAAAGAGAAGGCAACAGCUCCAGAACAUGUGAUGGCCAAAGAGAAGGCAACAGCUCCUAAGAACUGCUGUCCAGCUGAGGAAAUUCAGGGAUGCAGACUUUCAUCUGGCCAAGAGAACAACUGCACAUUAACAUCAGGACAAGAAUGUCUGGGUAGCUAUCAGUUGGGUCUUACUAAACCAGAGAAUCAGAAUAAGCCAUGUGCUAUGAGUCAAGCCACCCUUCUGAGGAAAGGAUCUGCCACAGCAUUAAAUGCCUCACCUAAGACAGAAAGUGCAAGCAUGUCUAGUGCCUAUGGGUCAUGGGAUAAGCAUAACACAACAAUGAAAACAAAUCAGAGAAGACAAGAAGAGCUGUCAGCAUCUUCCCACCAGUAUCCAAGGGACCUCUUUAAGGAGCAGCAGCAAGUGAACAGCGGACAAGUGGGAGAUCUUGAAGCGAAGAAGGAGCAGCUUGCCCAAGAGAAACCAGUGGUGGUCAUGCGAGAAAAGCCCUGCCGAGAAACAGAGGACGAACGUCGCAAGCGGCUGUCUUUCCACAAGGAGGAGAUCAUGAAGGGCAGUGUCAAGGAGGCUAUGGAGAUCUUUGAGAACCUGCGGAGGCAGGAGGAGUUGCAAGAGAUCCUGACCCGAGUGAAGGAGUUUGAAGAAGAGACAUUCAAGGUGGAUGUGAAAGCCCUGAGGAGCUUCUUUGAGAAUGUUCCAGAAUGGGUGGUGCAUGAGAGGGUUCACCAAGCCAAGCAGCAGCACAAAGCCGAGAAGACUGAGCAAAUGGCAAAGGAAGACUCUGACAGCGUCUCUUCCGUGGAGCUGGCUUUUGAGGACCUGGAAAGGGCAAGUGCUGAGAUCAUCCACCUGAAGGAGCAGACUCUCGCCAGGCUGCUAGACAUCGAGGAGGCCAUUAGGAAAGCUCUCUCUUCUGUUUCUCAUCUAAAGUCAGAAGCAGACAUAGCUGGGCUCUCUGGGCUCUUCAAGGAGUCUCUGGGGAAUGCCCAGAGCCCUGCAACCAGCACCAAUAUCCGCAAGAUCAGCAUCGUGUCCAGCAAAGCCAAGCAAGAGAAAGCAGCACAAGGGACACCGAAUGCAGCAUCUGUGGGAAGUGCAAAUGUGUCGGAAAAGACGGAGAUGCCCAAGGGAGAGCUAGAAGUCCCCUGCGUCAUUCAGCAGCGUGUAAAUUCUCCAUCCUCACCUUCUUAUAUCUCCAUUGAAUCUGCUGCCAGAAAGCCUGUGGAAUCACCCAGGACAGUGUAUCCCCCCCAGGAUGCCCCCUUACCAGAUUAUCCCACCAUGCCAGGGAAAAGAGACACGUUCACUCAGGACAUCUUUAACUCAUUAACUCGCAAAUCAAUAGGCUCUGGUGGAUGCAAUCCAGCUCCCUUUGAGAGCGAACAGGAGCCCAUCCAGAUGAAGAUAGGAUCGAACUCAAUUAGGCAACACCGUCUUAGCAACUCGGUGCCCCAACUCAGUGACCAUAGUGACAAAGAGCAAUGCACACCGGACAUAUCCAAAGGCAGCUGCCGUGGUGCCGUCAAAGGAGGCUUUUCUGACUACAGCUCCAAAGCCCCUCUGAACAUCUCUAGCCCACAGAAUGCAAGGCGGCAGAAAAGCAUCCUAGAACUGCAGACAGGCCCAGACGGAUCCAAACUUUACGGAGCCACCAGAACCGUGACCGAGCAGUACGAGGAAGUGGAUGAGUUCGGAAACAAGAUCAUCACUUCGUCUACCACUGUCACCAAGCAAUCAGAGACCCAAACCUCCUCCACCUGCAGUGUGGUCUCUCCUCCCCGGUAUGAGAUAACUGCCUCGCCCCUCCUUCGGCGAUACCUACACAGCCCAAGUGAAGACUUCCACUCAAAUGGUAGUUUCCAGGAAAGUGGGGUGGUCUUUGUCACGUUUGGUAACUCCAAGCCAAAGAAGUAGAGGGCUUUGAAUAAUGGGAGAUUGCAGAAAAAACAAGUAAUUCACCGAUCUAACCAUGUGAUGUAAAGGAACUCUGCCAAGCCCUGUGAUUCUUUCCAAAUAUUUACCUAGUCUUUGGCAUACAGACACAAUAGAUGCAUUCAGGGGCAGCACUUGUGGUAAACAACACCCUUCACUUCACCAGCCUGGCAGACCCCACAUGUGAAGAGCUGAAACUUUGAUAGAAGCACAAGCAAGAACAUAAACAAAAGGGUGUUUUAAGGUGGUUUCUUCUCCUCUGAAUAGUAUUUGCGGUUGUGUCCAGGGCAUCUCUGAAUCCAGGCAGAAAAAAGGUCAGUUAGAGCCAACCAAAAGACCAGCCUGUCUGGGUACUUUGGAAACCGAUUCAUUUAUCCUCUUUCUGAUAGCAGUGCUGACCUCCCAACAAGCAUACGUUAUCACACAGACACACACACACAUAUGUACACACCCAUGGGUGGGUUGGAAUAGGAUUCUCUUAGCUAUUAGAAGAAAUAACACCUUCAAAUUGCUUUUGGAGGUUAGGGGGAGAGACACUUUGCAAAAGCUCAGUACAUAGCAAGUAUUCAGUAGUACCUAAAAUUGUAUGAAUUAGGAUUCCCAGGGUGUUUGUGAGUGUCUUUCCCCCUCAGAAGGACAUGAAGGAAGAUGCUCUGGUUAAGACUACAAUAAGUUCAACUAAAGAAAUAGAUGGUUAUUGCUUUCCUUUCUUUUCUAGACCUGUAAUUUAUUAUUCAUUAUAUACAAAAUCUUUUAUUUUAAAGUCCAUGCAUUCUUAUGUGUAAUGUUUAAAUCCAUUUUGAAACAUUGUAAAGAAAUUUUCUUUUUAUUAUGAACUUGUUUUGUACAUCCUCAACACAAGAUUUUAGAUAUUCUGAGCCCUCCCCCUUUUUUAAUUUUUAUUGCGCAUUUUGAAGGUAAACAUUACCUCUGAAAACACUCUGGUCUGGUUAUUUGUUUUGUCAUUUGUUUGAUUGAGUUCCAAGUACUUAGCAUUCCUCUGUACUUAGCAUUCCUCUGAUGAUGAACUAGUUGAGUCUUUUGUGGUCACCACCCAGCUUUAUCAGUGGACGCUAAAAAGAAAACAGAGCUAGAAACGAUAGGAACAAAAACUGAAUUGUGAAUUUUCAAUACAAAUGUAUUUCCAAAAGAAAUCCACCAAAAACCUGGAAAAAUGUUAUUUUCCAAGCUUUUCCUCUUUUACGGCCAUAUUAUUUUGAAAAUUCAAAAUUAAAAGAAAAAUUCUGCGUAUUUUGACCAGCUAUAAAAACAGGAGUGAAGAAUGUAUCUAAUGUUUGGCAAGUUGAUUGGCGUUCAUGAGGACUACCUUGUGAUUUGGUCAUACAAGGGAGCAAGAAUCCCACCUGACUGCCAGGUUAAUUUGGGUGAACCAUGUCUGGCUCUGAACUUAGCCUGGUGUAAGUGUCCAUAUUACAAAGCUACAUCUCCGUUGGUGUGUCCUUACUGGUGUUGCAGUCACUCACAUGCCUCACUAGAAUUUCUGGGACAUCACCCGUGGCUUUCAGUGCUAUGGUGAGUUGAGCUGCUCCAUGAGUCUUUUCCAGUGACUUACAGGAGAACAUAUCUGUUCUGGGUGCAACUGUAGGAAGGCAUUGGAGGACUAUCAGCAUUGGAGGGUUUAGCUUCGGUCCUCCCUGCCAAGUAUGUGGUUCACCUGCCUGAGUGUAAGGAGCACUUGGGCUUUAAGACACCACCACUUUGGGUCAGUGGGGUUUGUGUGUGCUAGUACAGGCCAGUAGCAAGUUACUCCCUCUGCCCAGAGCAAGGAGGAAGCAAAGGUGUGAGGAGCGGCGGGGUGUCUGUGCCCCUCACGGCUACAACGUGGAGCUGCUCAGGCUGUGCCAAAAGUCACAAUCUAGCCCCUCCUCUGGAAUGGAGAUGAGUUGGUGGGGAUUUCUCUCAAGCUGCGUGCUGUCUUGGAGAACUUAUGCAAAACUCACAUAGCAAUGUGGCUUAGUGGUUAGCACCCUAUGGAUUCUCUUCCCAGCAAUGCCAGCAGGCAUGUUGGGUGAUCUUAGGGAAGCCACUUUGCUAUUAAGUCCUUCCAUUUCCUUUUCUGUAAAAGGGGGGCAACGAUACAGAUUUCUUUUGCAAACUACUUUGAGAUCUACUCAUGAAAAGCACAAUACAACCGCUAGCAAUUAUUAUCAUUUAUGAUUGUUGUUGUUAUUCCUUCUACCAAUCCCUGUGCAGAAAGAAGGGGUUCUGACAUUUACACUGAUGAUUAAAGAGAAGAAAGAAAUGAAAGAAAAUAUUUAUUCCUGUGGUGUGUCAUUAAUAAUAGAACCCCCUGCUUCAAAAAACCCCAGGGAGCUAAGCGGUGAGCUGAAAAGGACCCAAUUAUUCUAUGCUCCCUGACACUAUGGGUGUGUCUACAUUACAGGGU